CCUCAUCUAUAAAAUGAGAUCAUAAACAGGAUUCUUAGGAGGAUCAAAUGAGAUGCUGAAAGCACGCAAGAUAUAAGCUAUGAAGCACUCUUCAUAAAGCUUAUAUCUAGGGAAAGAGUCAAAUGAAUCUCAUCUGGGAAUGACACACAUGAAGGGUUUUUGGGACACAAACCUGAAAGAUGAAGUUAACUGGGUGCAGCGGUGAGAAGGGUGGAAGGGAAGAACCUAAUCGCUAGAGGGACUGGCUCCAGAAAAAAACAUGGGGAAUCAUGCAAGCCAAACUAAAGCAGUGAGGCGGAAGAGGAAACAAUCUUCGGGGAGUCAAGGAUUUCCUAAAUACACUGUGAGCUAGAAGGAGCCUCUCAGUUCAGCCUGAGGCCAGUCCCUGCAAAUUUAGGACUUCACAUCUCACCAGCCAGCCUGCGUUCAAUUCCCUGCCAGAAAAACCACACUCACCAAAUCUUCCGCAGGGCCCUGGAACCACAGGGGUCGAAAGUGAAUAGUUUUGCAGGCAGAGGAGGAAGAAGGCAGGCGCGCUAACUCCUUCCUGCAUGACGGACACCUGGGAUCCCAAAACAGCUGGGCUGGAAGGGCCCUCGAGAAAGGAACUGCCAACACGUGCCCUGUGUCAGGCCCUGAAGGUGGGCAUUUUCGUGAACAUUGUCAUAACACUCUGCUUCGAGAGCCUUCCCCUGAAAGAUGAAGUCCUCGCCACACGAGGAGGUGGACAUUAUAGAUUCCUGGAUCUCUCGGACGUCUUUUCUCCCUCACCCGCAUUGAUCCCCACUGGCGACAGAAAUUCUUCCCCUCCACUAGCGAGUCAAGGCACGAAACUACAUUUCCCUGGAGGUCGUCAGAAGCGGGUGGCGAGGAGAGAAGGAAAGAGUCUCUCCGUUUCCGUCCGCUCUCAACGUGGACUGUCGGUGGUGAUACACAUUUCAAUAGUGCACGUCCUUUCUGUGUUGAGCUAAGGAAGGGACUACGUCCCCCAGAAGGCACUGGCGCAGAGGAUGUGCUAGCCUGCCAUGUUUAUUGUAGUCCUUUUCCCUGUUUCCACAAUGAGUAGCCUUAGUGCAUGAACCAUAAGUCCCAGGUCACCUUCUCCCCUUUCCUCCAGCGGCCAUCUUUGCUGGUAGACCCCGCCCCUUUCCCUUUCCAUUGUCUGGUCGAAGAUAAUAUAAGGGAGUCAGGAAGACUGCAACUCCCGUCAAGCUUUGCGCCAACAGGAGGGGAAUUUCGAUAUUACAGGCGGGUGAGGUGCCAAGGUGGUAGAGUGAGGCGACCGCGAGAGGCUCGGUUGCCUGCCAUUUUCAUGGUAGUCUCCUUAUCCUCCUGGUCCUGCCAUUAUUAAGGAACUCUAGAAGGUUAGGAAACUACUAUUCCCAUCGCACCUCAUAAGGUGGACUACUAAUCAGGUGUACGCCCCUCUUCCGCCAUCUUGAUUGUAGUCCUCGUUCCUUUUCACCUUUCCAUUGUUCCUGAAGAGUAGAAAUGGCAGCGGGAAGGCAGCAGAUGGACUGCGAGUCCCGUCAGCCCUCGGCGUUGCUGACGCCCCCAAUGUCGUCGAGCAGCCGGGGGCCGGGGGCCGGAGCGCGCCGACGCCGAACCCGCUGCCGCCGCUGCCGGGCCUGUGUGCGAACUGAGUGCGGGGACUGCCACUUCUGCCGAGACAUGAAGAAAUUCGGGGGGCCCGGGCGCAUGAAGCAGUCGUGCCUGCUGCGGCAGUGCACUGCCCCUGUGCUCCCACACACAGCUGUAUGCCUCUUGUGUGGGGAGGCUGGGAAGGAGGACACAGUGGAAGGAGAGGAAGAGAAAUUUGGUUUGAGCCUCAUGGAGUGUACAAUCUGCAACGAGAUCGUCCACCCUGGCUGCCUGAAGAUGGGGAAGGCUGAGGGUGUCAUCAAUGCAGAGAUCCCCAACUGCUGGGAGUGCCCUCGCUGCACCCAGGAAGGCCGGACCAGCAAGGAUUCAGGUGAGGGACCAGGCCGCCGCAGGGCUGACAACGGCGAGGAGGGCGCCAGCCUGGGGAGUGGAUGGAAGCUGACGGAAGAGCCGCCGCUUCCACCACCUCCACCCAGGCGCAAAGGUCCCUUACCUGCUGGGCCCCCCUCAGAGGACGUGCCUGGGCCCCCCAAAAGAAAGGAGAGGGAGGCAGGGAAUGAGCCCCCUACCCCAAGGAAAAAGGUGAAAGGAGGCCGAGAGAGGCACCUGAAGAAGGUGGGUGGAGACGCCUGCCUCCUCCGAGGAUCGGACCCAGGCGGCCCCGGCCUUCUGCCCCCCAGGGUUCUGAAUCCGAGCCAGGCUUUCUCGUCCUGCCACCCUGGGCUCCCUCCCGAGAACUGGGAGAAACCAAAGCCGCCUUUGGCCUCUGCUGAGGGCCCGGCGGUGCCUUCCCCGUCACCCCAGCGGGAGAAGCUCGAGCGCUUCAAGCGGAUGUGCCAGCUGCUGGAGCGGGUGCCCGACACGUCCUCGUCCUCCUCGGACUCCGACUCGGACUCCGACUCAUCAGGCACAUCGCUGAGUGAGGAUGAGGCUCCUGGCGAGGCCCGGAAUGGGCGACGGCCAGCCCGGGGCAGCUCGGGCGAGAAGGAGAACCGCGGGGGGCGGCGGGCUGUGCGCCCUGGCAGUGGGGGACCCCUCCUCAGCUGGCCCCUGGGCCCCGCGCCCCCACCCCGGCCCCCGCAGCUGGAGCGGCACGUGGUGCGGCCCCCACCUCGAAGCCCCGAGCCCGACACGCUGCCUUUGGCUGCUGGAUCCGACCACCCCCUGCCCCGCGCCGCCUGGCUUCGUGUCUUCCAGCACCUCGGGCCCCGAGAGCUAUGCAUUUGCAUGCGAGUGUGCCGGACUUGGAGCCGCUGGUGCUACGACAAGCGUCUGUGGCCUCGAAUGGAUCUGAGCCGGAGGAAGUCACUGACCCCGCCCAUGCUUAGUGGUGUGGUUCGCCGCCAGCCUCGAGCCCUGGACCUCAGCUGGACAGGUGUCUCCAAGAAGCAGCUCAUGUGGCUUCUGAACCGACUGCAAGGCCUGCAGGAGCUGGUGCUCUCUGGCUGCUCCUGGCUCUCUGUCUCUGCCCUGGGCUCAGCCCCACUGCCUGCCCUGCGGCUCCUGGACCUCCGCUGGAUUGAGGACGUUAAAGACUCCCAGCUCCGCGAGCUGCUGCUGCCUCCGCCAGACACCAAACCAGGGCAAACGGAGAGCCGAGGGCGGCUACAGGGGGUAGCAGAGCUGCGCCUGGCCGGCCUGGAGCUGACGGACGCCUCCUUGCGGCUCCUGCUGCGCCACGCGCCCCAGCUGAGCGCCCUGGACCUGAGCCACUGCGCCCACGUUGGGGAUCCCAGUGUCCACCUUCUCACUGCCCCCACCUCCCCGCUCCGAGAGACCCUGGUACACCUCAAUCUCGCCGGUUGUCACCGCCUCACGGACCACUGCCUCCCGCUGUUCCGCCGCUGCCCGCGCCUCCGCCGCCUCGACCUGCGCUCCUGCCGCCAGCUCUCCCCAGAAGCUUGUGCCCGGCUGGCAGCCGCCGGGCCCCCUGGCCCCUUCCGCUGCCCAGAAGAGAAGCUGCUUCUCAAGGACAGCUAGUUGGGUGCCCCCCACCCUCCCC